AAUCUUAAAAGUUUUGACCCAGGUGAAAAACACUUUAGUAACACUUCAUGGAGUGAUGUCUCUCCUUGGGAAUCUGUGGGCAAAAGGAAGAGAUACAGAACAAAGCCGUACUGCUGUAGCUUAUGCAAGUUCUCGUCAAAAUUGCUUACUUCAUUCAAGAAUCACUUGCACCGUUACCAUGAGGAUGAAAUGGACCAAGAGCUGGUGGUUCCUUGCCCAAAAUGUGCAUUUGCUUCUGAUCCCAAAAUAGUGGGAAAACAUAUCCGGAUGUUUCAUUCAUCUAAUAAAAGAAUACAGAACUAUACAGUCAGCAUUUUGGAUGGCAUGAAACAAUUCAGGAGUGACAUCAUAAACUUUACAUGUCUAAAAUGUCACUUUACAGACACAUUGUAUUACAAUAUGAAGAAACAUGUGCUGAUGAACCAUUUUCAAAACUUAAUAAGUACAUAUUUUGGCCAGAAACCUGAUGAAAGUAAAGAGAAUUCUGUUGAGCACUACUGUAAAAAAUGUAAUGCUUCUGCAAACAGCCAAGAUUCUUUAAUGUAUCAUGUCUUGACAGCUGAAACACAUCGAGACCUGGAGAACAAACUUCGGUCUGUGAUUUCAGAACAUAUUAAGAAACCAGGACUCGUGAAACAAAUGCAUAUUGCUCCAAAGCCUCCCCAAGGUGUGGCAGUGGCUGCUCCAUCUGCAGGGCCUGCCGCUGCCCCAGCAGGUUCUGUCGCAGCUCCGGCUUGCAUCCAGCUUGCAUUUCCACAGAAUAAUCAAAGCCAGAGUGUGGUACAGCCAAAAGCAGUUCAAAACACAGUCAGAUCACUGACUGUUCCAAGUGCCUCUGGUAGCCUUCCACAUACAACUUCUGCUCCGGUUGUUACCCCGUCGCAUGUUACUCUUGUAUCUAGUAACCUUCCCGUAGGUCAGAAUAACGUUAAUAUUCAGCCAUCGCCUUCCCAGCCUAUCAUUGUUUCCCAUAGUCUCGCCCUUCAUCAGCCUGUGAAGGCUGGAGCUAUUCCUCUUAAUCCUUCUGUUGGGACUGUAAAUAGUACUGUGGCUCCCGCAGUUCUUCCUCUUAAUCAACCUGUCAGGCCUGGGUUCUUCCCCAUUAAUCAACCCAUUGGUACUAUAAAUGGUCCGGUUGCAGCUGGAACGCUACCUGUUAUUCAGCCUGUCAGCCCUGUGAAUCAACCGGUUGCACCAGGAGUUCUCUCUGUCAACCAAUCGCUUGGAAAUGUGAAUAGACCCCUUGGUCCCAGGGUCCUUCCUGUGGCCCAGACAGUUGCGUCAGGGGUUCUCCAGCUUAACCAGCCUGUUGCCUCUGGGGUUGUUCCUGUCAGACGGCCUGUCAGACCUGGGUUUGUUCAGCUUAAUCAACCUGUUGCCCCAGCAGUUAUCCUAGUAAAUCAGCCAGUUCAACCUGCGGUUUCUCAAAACACAACUUUUUUGACUGCAGGUUCUAUACUUAGGCAGUUGAUUCCAACUGGUAAGCAGGUUAAUGGGAUACCUACGUACACGCUUGCCCCAGUUCCAGUUACUUUGCCUGUACCUCCUGGUGGUGGAGUAGCAACUGUUACCCCACCCCAAGUGCCCAUCCAACUAAUGCAGUCUGGGACAGUAACUCAGUCGUCCCAGUCACCGGCUAGUGCACCCUCUCCUCCAGUGGUUUUAACGUCUCAGAAUGUAUCGUUACAAGCCUCCCCACCUGGUCCUGAAACAAGUCAGGCUAUCAGACAGGCUAAGCAGUGGAAGACUUGCCCUGUUUGCAAUGAGCUUUUCCCAUCAAAUGUCUACCAGGUGCACAUGGAGGUGGCCCACAAACAUGGUGAAGUAAAAAUGGAGGAAACCCUGGAACCUGACAAACUUGCAGCUUGUGCACCCUUUCUGAGGUGGAUGACAGAAAAGACAGUCCGGUGUUUCUCUUGUAAAUGUUUUCUCUGUGAAGAAGAGCUCAUGAAACACCUCUUGAUGCAUGGCUUAGCUUGCUUGUUUUGCACAGUUACUUUCCAUGACUUAAAAAGCCUCGUGGAGCACAACAAAACUACACACAAUGGGAAAAAGCAGUUACAUGCAGAUUAUAGCAACAGAGGGUUUCAACUAGGUAAUGAUGCUCAGGGUGACCUUGUAUUUCCACACUUUGAUUUUAGUACAGCGUUACCAAAAGAAGACAUUGGUGAAAGAGAAGUACAUUUGGCAGUGCUUGCUGGACUAAAUUCAAGGACACUUGUCCCUGUUUACAUCAAAGUGAAACCUCAGACAGCAGAAGUGAACAAUAAAUGCAACAAGAAAGUGUUAACCUGUCCCUUUUGCUUUGGUACAUUUGUUAGUAAAGAAACCUAUGAAAUGCAUUUGAAAGAGCGGCAUCAUAUAAUGCCAACUGUACAUACCAUUUUAAAGUCUCCUGCUUUCAAGUGCAUCCACUGUUGUGGUGUGUACACUGGAAAUAUGACUCUAACAGCUAUUGCUGUACAUUUGCUCCGUUGUAGAAGUGCUCCCAAAGACAGCAACUCAAGUGUGAAGAUGCAGCUUGAGCGUACUGAGAAGAAAGAGCUACUGUUUGUGAACGGUGAAAGGCAUGAUUCUGUGAUACUGAAAAGAAAGCAGUCGGAGUCCUGCUUUGUUGCAGAAGACCAAAGGAAUAAGGAACAGCAGCCUCUGAGCUUAAGUACUGGCAUAGCUCUAUCUCCAGAAAAAGAAGUGAAUUCAGGGGUAGUGCCUUUCAAACGACAAAAGAUUAAUACUAGGUCUGAGAUGAAGAAGCUUCCUUCUAGUGAGGAUCUUCGCAUUCUAGCAGUAGAUCCUAAACAGUAUGAUCACAAUUCGUAUGAGGCUCAAAAACAGUUUUUGACAGACUACUUUCACGAGAGGCCAUAUCCUUCUAAAAAAGAGAUGGAAUUACUUUCCUUGCUGCUAUAUGCGUGGAAAAUUGAUGUUGCAUCAUUCUUUGGAAAAAGGAGGAAUAUAUGCUUAAAGGCGAUAAAUAAUCACAAACCAUCUGUGCUGCUGGGUUUCAGUAUGUCUGAACUAAAAAAUAUUAAGCACAGUUUGAAUAUAAAAGAUGAACCAUUAGAUAUGUAA